AACAGCUUUGGGCCGAAGGACCAUGAGAGGGCCGGAACCGGGUCCCGAAGCUACGAUGGAGGGGGACGUGCUUGACACUCUAGAGGCGCUGGGGUAUGAGGGACCACUGUUAGAAGAGCAAGCCCUUAUGAAGGCAGCAGAGGGUGGACUAUCUUCACCUGAAUUUUCAGAGCUCUGUGUUUGGUUAGGCUCUCAAAUAAAAUCAUUGUGCAACUUGGAAGAAAGUAUCACUUCAGCUGGGAAAGAUGAUCUAGAAAGCUUCCAGCUUGAGAUAAGUGGCUUUUUAAAAGAAAUGGCAUGUCCAUAUUCUGUACUCGUAUCAGGAGAUAUUAAAGACCGUUUAAAAAAGAAGGAUGACUGUUUGAAACUUCUAUUAUUUUUAAGCACAGAGCUUCAAGCUUUACAGAUAUUACAGAACAAGAAACGUAAAAAUUCUCAAUUAGAUAAAAAUAGUGAAAUUUAUCAGGAAGUUCAAGCUAUCUGCGAUACCCUUGGUAUUCCCAAGUCAGCAACUUCUGACAUUCCACUUAUGCUGAACCAAGUGGAAUCAAAGGUGAAAGAUAUUCUCUCACAAGUCCAGAAAAAUCAUGUGGGAAAACCACUGCUAAAAAUUGAUUUAAGUCUGGAACAGGCGGAACAACUGGAAAGAAUCAAUGAUGCCCUUUCCUGUGAAUAUGAGUGCCGUCGGCGGAUGUUGAUGAAACGAUUAGAUGUAACAGUGCAGUCCUUUGGAUGGUCUGAUAGAGCAAAGAUAAAAACAGAUGACAUAGCAAGAAUUUACCAGCCUAAGCGUUAUGCUUUGUCACCCAAGACAACAAUAACCUUGGCACAUCUACUUGCUGCCCGUGAAGAUCUAUCCAAGAUCAUCAGGACAAGUAGUGGCUCCAGCCGGGAGAAGACAGCAUGUGCCAUUAAUAAGGUGCUGAUGGGAAGGGUGCCUGACAGGGGAGGACGGCCGAAUGAAAUUGAACCACCACCCCCUGAAAUGCCCCCUUGGCAAAAGAGACAAGAAGGCGGUGGAAGGGGUGGUUGGGGUGGUGGAGGUGGUGGUAGAGGAGGUGGUGGGAGUGGAAGAGGUGGUUGGGGAGGGGGAGGGGGGUGGAGUGGAGGUGGAGGAGGGGGUGGUAGAGGAGGAGGUUUCCAAGGCAGGGGAGAUUAUGGUGGAAGAGGGGGCUAUGGAGGAAGAGGGGGCUAUGGUGGAAGAGGUUAUGGAGAUCCAUAUGGAGGAGGUGGUGGUGGAUAUAGAAGAUAUUAAAAGCUACAGCAUUUAGAUAGCAGGCUUACUUCUUAAUAGAUACAUUAGGCAUAGUGUUCUAAAUAACUACUUGAAUGUCAUCUUUGAAGUAAACACCAUGUUAGAUUCCCUGAUGAUAUCAUUCUUGAAUUGGGUUUAGUAUGUAAAGAGCAUUGUUUUAUACUACUAUUUGAUCUCUUAGACAAAGUGAUGAUUUUUUCCAUAUUCUGUGUACUCUUGAGCAUGUUAUGUCUUUUUAAGAAACAAAAAAAAACCGAGCAAAAAUUAUUUUUAAAGUGUAAAUAUAUUAUUACCAUCAAACUUGGAAAAUAGAAAGUAUUUUAUUGUCAUGAUUGAAUUUAGAUUGUUACCUGUAUUUUAUUCAGGUCUGAAACACAUAAAUGACCCCACUUGUACUGGAAAGGAAUAUAGACUAUUGCCUUAUCUGUAUUCCUGUGGCUGUGUUUUGUGUUUGUUAAUACUACUUUACAAAAUAGGGAAAGGGACUGAUUGAUAGUUGUGUUCAAGAGGAAGGUUUCUUGACUUUUUCUUUCUUUUAUAUGAGCAAUUCCUCUAGCCAGGUUUGUGUUAAAAUUCUAUUAAUUGAAGCUGAAGUCUGUUUUUUGCUAUGCAUAUUUGAUUUAUUUUACAACUGGAUUUGAAAUCUGUAUAAUUUUGUUUGACUGACAGCAGAAUUAAAGACUGAGGUCAGAAUUACUCUAAAGGGACAAAGACAUGUACUAGUUUUACAUGAUGGUGUGAAAAAUAUUUCUGUAAAUUGGUUUCUUCAUCAUUUGUGCCAUCACUGUAGGUCUCCGAAUAUUAAAAGGCAGGCUGCAGUGUGCUACACAGGAUUAGGACACUCAUAUCCAGUUUCAGUAGAUCAGAGGUAGGGCCAGGGUAUCCCGUGGUAGUUCUGAUUCUCAGCUAGAUUUGGGAAACAAAGGGUUGGGGAAUGAUUAAAUGUGGUUUGGUGGUUGGAGCAGUCAAAGGCUUGGGAAUCAGGAGUUGUGAAUUCAAAUCAUGACACUAGCCUAGGGGUGCUAUGGGUUGAAAUGGCCAUAGCUCUCAAGGAUUAAUUUGUCCUCAUUUGUCAAAUAAGGAAUGUGAUACUUGUGCCUUCUCAGGUUGUUUUAAAAAGACCUAAGUACAAGUCCAAUUUGUUGAGAAUUUAUAAAGGCCUGUUGUGAAUGGUUUAAGAGGUGGCCCAAGUAAUGCAUUUUUCUCUUGGUGUAGAGAGAGAAAAAGAUACAGUCACAUAAAUUUUUUCAAUCCCACUUUAAAAUCUGUAGGCUCCUAAUCAGCUCUUGUGCGUAACAACUUUCUGUGGUCUAACCAGCUCAACAGAUAGAAGGCUGAGUACCUGUGGACAAAUGAUAUUUGAUAUUUGGCAGUGUUGUUCUUGUUGUUGUUUUGUUUUACAGUAAACCCUGUGGGGAAAUCUAAAAUAAUGUUAAACCUUUACAUAUUGUGUACACUGCAGUCUUGGCCAUGUAUUUUUCAAGCUAACCCUUCGAGGAAAUUUGUUCAGGAUGGGAAAACAUUUUUUUGGUUAUUUGUAAGCUUAGAUUUUUAAAAAAUUUUAUAUGUAAUGAAGAGAUUUAAUUUCAUUUGUGAUAGUUGAAGAAAAGGCUUUCCAUAUAAGGAAACACUUUUAUCAGUAGCUAUGAACUCUGAAAAAUAAAUAAUUUUAAAAAAUA